AAACUGUCUAGGUUGUCGUAUGUUCAAGUCGAAACGCUCAGGUCUCGUACGGCGACUCUGGAGAAGCCGUCUGGUCACCGAGAGCGACGGGCGGGAUGGAAGCAGGCGAGCGGAGGCAGGACGGAACGGUCCGUGCGGCAGACACUCAGGAAAGCUCCACAGACACGAGCAGCGGUCGGUGACGCACGCUGACCCGGCUCCGGGACUCGCCGGGGAGGCUGGAGAGCCGACGGAGGGCGCGGAGAGGGAGGACGAGGAGCAGCCCGACGAUGACCGGGGGGCCAUGUGCGUCCCGGUGCACAGAGGCUCCCGGCGCGGGCAGGAGGGCGACGGUGGGACGGUGACGUGUUGUUUGUUUGGGGAAUGGGAUCUGAGGUCUCGGAGCCCUUACUGGGCCCCGAGGAAAGAUGGAAGUGGCCCUUGUCAGUGCGCACCGAGGCGUGUGGGGCUGGAGGAGGAACUGGCGAGCACCGCUAAUGCAUUUUUGAAAAGACUGAAGGAGAGAUGCCUGGACGCCCUGGUGAAAGCUGUGGAGACCAGAGGAGGAGCACCAAGCGAGUGCGUCAUGGUGCCGAGCACGGAGCUGCGGCUCGGGGCUCAUCUGGUCUCUCCACAGCACCUCCUGUGUAAGAUGUUCCGCUGGAGCGACCUGCCGGUCUCAGCCCGACUCAAGGCGCUGAGCCACUGCCAGAGCUUCGGCUCGGUGGACAGCGCCAAGGUGUGCUGCAACCCGCAUCACUACAGCCGCCUAUGUGGGCCAGAAUCGCCUCCUCCUCCGUACUCUCGUUCAGACGAACACAAGCCACUGGACUCAACUCUGUCUUACACUGAAACUGCACCCCCCCUCCUCCCCAGUCCACCUCACAUCAUGCCAAGAGACUACACAGACACUGGUACCUCCCUCGGCUCCUCCAGCUCCGCCGGUCAUCGCUCUCACUGGUGCAGCGUCGCCUACUGGGAGCAGCGCACCCGAGUGGGUCGCCUCUAUCCCGCCUACGAGCCCUCGCUCAGCAUCUUCUAUGACCUACCUCAGGGCACCGGCCUCUGCCUCGGCCAGCUCCAUGCCAACGCCUACCACAGUCGCCGUGACGACCCGGGCGGCUCGUCGGGCCUCCACGGACGCCACGGCCACGGAGGCGGAGGGAACAGCAGCAGCAGCAGCAGCAGCAGCAGCGGCGUGCAACAGAUUCGCAGUAAAAUCGGUUUCGGCAUCGUGCUGAGUCGUGAGCCGGACGGAGUUUGGGUGUACAACCGCAGCCAGCACCCGGUGUUCGUGCACUCGCCCACCCUGGACCCGCCCAGCGCCCGAGGACUGAGCGUGAAGAGGGUGAUGCCGGGCUUCUCCCUCAAGGUGUUCGACUACGAGUGCUCCAGCUGGAUGGCGGAGCACGGCGUGAAGCCCGAGAGCCAGGAGGGGCCCUGGGACCCCCACAGUGUUCGUAUCAGUUUCGCUAAAGGAUGGGGCCCCUGUUACUCCAGACAGUUCAUCACCUCCUGCCCCUGCUGGCUGGAGGUGCUGCUCAACAACCACAGAUAGCACACAGACAUUCAGACUCACACGAGGCGUCCUGACCCAGUAUCCUAAUUGUAAUCUACCUAGAUUUAAUAUAAAAUUUAUAUAUUAUAUAAAAUAUAUUAUACAUGUAAAUACUUGAGUCAUUUUUACGAUGCAAUUAUUUAUGUAUACUGUAAUGUGUAUAUGGACAAAAUAAAAAAGGAACAAGAAUAUGCACUUUUGAUUCGCUAUAUGCAUUACAGAUUCUCAGUGUCAUUUUGCAAAAACAUAAACUGUACAAAAAAAAAGACAAACCUGGUUUAUGUUCUCAUGAUUUAGCAUUUCCUUCAAGAAGUAUGCCACACAUGCAUUGUCAAUAAAGUAUUUGUAUUAAAUGAA